AUGGACAAUCAAAAAGCAUCAACCAGUUCCAUAGCCCGCAAUAUAGCGGCUAUUCCGACCGAGCUCGCUCAUCAAAUCAUCGAUGACCUGCGAGUAUGGGACGUCCUCAAGCUUCUAUGCUACGAUAAUGAUCGAGUGGAUGCCUGCAUCAUGUCCCAUCCAAUCUGCCGCAAUAUGUUCGGUGCCGACCCAGAAACGCUGGCCAAGUGGAAGCCCGCUGCCCACCUUUACAAAGAUAUAUUCAUGGCAGUGGGAAAGGCAUUUGUACCAUCACACUGGAAUGGAAUAAACCCUCUUGUCACAAAUAUCCAUUUACUCAUACCUCAGAAAUAUGGAGAGAUCUCGAACCAAAUGAAGUACCGCAUUCAGGAUGAGCUCAAUAUUCAUUGGCGCAAAGUAGACCUCACUCGGUUCGGUGCUCCCAAUUACUCCAACGGAUUUGAGGAUCGAUACCUCAAGACAUUCUCUUCUUUCGAAGAGCAGAAGCAAUGCUGGGAUGAUAUACAGAAAGCAAAGGCCAAUUUAUUUCAGUUGAGGGCUUCGGAGCUUCACUGGACUGCUGAUAUAUUGGAAGCAAAUCCGGAUAUCCUGAAACGCACACUGGACCCGGCCCAGGAAUUUCGGCCAAAUACUGCACACAUCGUGUCGAGAUUGCGGCAUAUCGCUGGUGAAAUUUUGCGGACCCCGGCCCAGAAAUUCAUCUUCUCCGAACAUUUCCGUUAUGAAUUCCUGGGGAUCAUUCCUUUCGACUCGGCCUUGGACCAACUCUUGCAUAUGAUGCAAAAUCAUGGUAUCAUAGAAGGCGAUCGGGUUGUGGCGAGCAACACAAUCAUUUCAGCUGAUGCCGCUGCGCACCCAUCUUCUAUCAUCAGUUUGAUUCGAAUUAUUAUUGAUGGGAUGCCGAAAUUUUACAUCUCACCCCCAGAGACGGCAGAGCAACGAGCCGAAAUUGCGUGCAGGAAUGUAGCCAACAAAGACGGCGAUAUUCUUCGAACGGCGAAUACUCCAUGGUCCGAACCGUUUGGUGCAAAUGAACGGGUUUCUUUAAAGGAACCCUUUUUCACAGCGUUCAAAUAUGGUGAUAGCAAAGGUUACUGGCGGCCAAAAUCCUCUUUUUGGGAUCCUCACCAUGAGAUGGAGAAAGAAUGGCUCGUCAGUUUUAUCGAGGUUUAUCGGUACUUGAAGAACCUGGAUGAAUAA